AUGGUAGAGUUUGCCAUUAACAACUCGGUGCAUGCGUCCACGACACAUACACCGUUUUACGAGAAUGUCUUACGCCAUCCGCGUGUACCCACCUUACUAGAGUGUAACUCUGGUUUAAGGGGGGGAGGGACUCGCGCGAGCAAAAACCGAUUUGGUUCACGCUCAUCACGCUCUGACGAAGAAGUCAUUGUCUUUAAUGCCGAUAUCGAUAACAUCGAUAUUGAAGAAGAUGAUGCCAGUGAGAGUGCGGAAGCCCUCACUGAAGAAGAUGAUCCCAGUGAGAGUGUGGAAGCCCUCACUGAAGAAAAUGUUGAUGUUGCUGCAGUGCGCUCACAGCGCACUGAAGCUAACGAGUCAUUAGAUGAGUUCACACUGGCUCGUGAAACGGUAGUCCGUUUUGUGCAAGAUUCCAUCGCCGAAGCGGUGGAUAAGCAAAAGCAAAACGCUGACAAGAAUGGAAGGGCAAAAACACUCUUUUAUUUAAUAAAGGUGACUUAG